GUUGCUGCUCGUGCCUCAAACCCGCUGCGUCGCGCUUCGAACCACGUCUCUUGGCCAGAAAAUGCCGCUGCUGUGGCCCAGCUUGGCCUAGACCCGUUCAUCGAUACAUUUUCAUUUCAACAUUUUCAAUUGCUGGCUCCGCAGAUUUUGGCAUUUUUUAAUUAUCUUAGCCAUGGCUAUGCAAAUGUCACAGCCGCCGAACGGAAAUUAAAGAAAAAAAAACCAACAAACAAAAAUAUAACAAAAUAACAAAAAGUUGCAUAGACACCGCGGCACAAGGCAAUCAUUAUGUGAACCAACCCGUGGAACUGUCAGCGUUGAGGAGCAGACUUAGCCAGGCAGCAGCAGCAGCAGGAGCAGCCGCCGCAGUCGCAGCCGCAGGUGCCACCGGCAGCCAAGCAUAGUAGUUGAGUAGAAGGAAGAAGAAGAAGAAGAGCAAGCAGGGCACAACUAGCUGGACAGGAAAUGCUGAAGCACGCCUCGAAUGCGAGCAGUGCAACUGCCGCGGCGCCCGUCAACGGCCAGCUGCUGCGCACGGCCAACGGCAACGGCAGCAGCAGCAACAACAGCAAUUGCAACACCAACAACAACAACAACCACAAUAGCAGCAGCAGCAGCAGCAGCAAUCCACCCUCAGCGUCGGCGGCAACAACAACAACCACAAACGCCACCAGCCCCGUGCCAGGCGCAGUCGCAGCCGCAGCGGCAGUAACAGCCGCAGCAGCAGCGGCGGCGGCAGCAGCGGCGGCAGCAGCAACGGCGGCGGGCGCAUCACCAACACCGGCAGCAGCUGCCGUGGCGAGCACAGCACGCAAUAUACACCUGCGACCGCCGCAGCCGCUCAAUAUAUCCGCGCUGAAUGCGUCCGCGUGCAGCGGAACGCUGCUGAACGGUGCGGUGCGGGGGGGUGUUGGCAAUGGGUCGACGCUGCUGAAUAUUGCAACGGCGCCAAUGAAGCCGUUAACGCCGCUGACGCCCAACGGCAAUUGCAAUGGGAACAGUCUGCAUCAUCACACCUACACGAAUCAGCAUAUGCUGGCCAGCAGCAGCAGCAGCAGCGGCCAUCAGCAGCAACAGCAGCAGCAGCAGCAGUCGCAACACCUGCCCCAGCAUCCACUGCACAACAACAACAACAACAACAACAAUAUUAACAAUAUCAGCAACAACAACAUGCAUAAUUAUAGCCACUGCAACAAUUUGGGCAUUAAUCCAAAUUCUGUGCUGCAGGCGAGUGUCAAGCCCACAAAACAUGGCCCAGGACCGCGCGAAGUGUUGACCAGUCUGGGUCUGCUCUGUUUGGUUUCCCUGUUGUUGGCGCUGCUCUCGCUGAUCUUUCUGCUAAAGAUCUCGCCGAAUAGCCGCGAGGAUGCGCUAACGCGCAGCAUCAGCAGCGAGGAUUUCAUCAUUGUGUAUGAUGUGACUCUGGCGCUAUGCGCCCUGUCGCUCUCCCUGAAUCUCUGCUGCCUGCUCGUUUGCGCCAUACAAUUCCUGUUUGCCGUCAAGCUGUUGCGCUCACCCAUGUUCGAUGGCCGGGACAACAAGUACUUGGAAAAGUCGAGUGCGAGUCGCACGUGCGCUGUCAGCGGCUUUUUCAUCUCCAUACCCGUAUUUCUUACCGGCAUCAUUUUGUACACGUUCAAUCAUUUUCAUUCGACGCCGGCGAUCAUCACGAGCGUCCUCAUCGGCGUGGGCAUUGUCUUCUGCGGCGGCGCCAUGGUUCACAACGUGUUCGUGUGGCAAAAGGAGAAGACAAUCAGCUAUCGGAGUCCGCCGGUGCCGCUAAACAUGUCGCUGCUAUCAACGGCGACGCAGUUGCCGCCCGUUCAGCUAUUUAACAAUGCCGGCUGCCAGCCGGUGAUGCCGCUUUAUGGACAACAGAAUCAUUCCAUGCUGCAGCAUCAUCAUCCCACAUCGGUGACGCCCGUCUCGCCCAAUCAUUCGCAUGGCAGCUUCAACCCGCUGCUGUGCGCCGCCAAUAAUAAUGGUAUCGGUGGCAUCAUCAAUUCGCCGUUCCUGGUGCGCCCGGCGACGGCGACGCCGCCAACACCCAAACCGAUUGCCAUUGCUGCCAAUGGUAGCUGCCUGAUGGGACGCGAGGCUAGCGGGUCGGUCAGUCCAGGCAUACCGCCCACGCUGGACAUGAGCAACAUAACCAUUUCGCUGCAUGAGCUGUCCACGUUGGUCUAGACCACCCAAAACCAUGCCAGUCCCAGUGCCCCCACUAAUACAAAUAAGCAAUAAGCAUAGCCGUUAAAUUUAAAUAUGUAGGAAUCUGUGUAGUUUUAGACGACAUCCACCGUAAAGUGUUUAGCUUUAAUGAUGUCCCACUUGCCGCCCCGUUGCCGUUUAUGUUUUAAACAGUUGUAUAUAUUUGUAUAUAGCUAUAAAGAAUUCGAAUACAUAUUUAAUAUAUUUAAA